GCAGAAGCCCUACCACAUGGGAGAGACGAUUGUGUACUCCACGGAGAGUGCACGGAGCAAAGUCUCACUAUAAUUGGGAAUAUUUCGGGGUAUUUUUUGGGGUGUAUGUUAUAUUUGAUUAUCAAGAAUUAGUAUACGAGUUUUCAGGUCGAGAAAGUGAUUGAUCCCCGAGAAUGUAUACCUUUUGUGAUCGGUCCAAUUACUCAAUCCGCAUAGAGACACGGAUUCGUUUGUAAAAAGUUCGAUUACGUCGUGGGGUCUUCGCCCAGUAGCCCCUUAAGGUUUACUCGAUCGAAAUUAUUGAUUUGCCUUUUAACUUUUCAUUUUGUAUUGACUGAGCUAAGGCUUCUCUCUAUUUCUAGCUUAGAUCUAAGGGACAUUUGCAGCUACAACUUUUCGAUUUGUGAUAUCUUUCAACAAUGGGGAGAAGAGUUGUCAUUGUCGGAGCCGGAAUAAGUGGCCUUUUGGCCUGUAAGUACACCAUCGAAAAGGGCUUCAACCCCGUCGUCUUUGAGGCCAAGUCCUCCAUUGAAGAAGUUUGCUUGGAACACACGAAACAGCCCUCGGAGCUCGAGAACUCCAGGCAGGAUCUGCGGUUCUCGGACUUCGACUGGCCGUCCCCUUCUGGGGGCGAGGAUGGGGUCCCAGUCCACACUGAAGUCUUUGAAUACGUUAACGCCUAUGCCAGGAACUUCGGGCUGUUGCCUCACAUCCGACUGAACUGCCAAGUCACUGGGAUCCGGUAUGUCGGGGAGACGGAGUGGGAAAUGGAGAUGUGGGACAGAUGGGGCGGCACCGGGACUGCAUUUGGGUCAUCUGGUAAUUGGCACGUGUCUGUCCACAACAAGGAGACCGAUUCCAUAGAGGUGCACCAAGCUGAAUUUGUGAUCCUCUGCAUCGGACGUUUCACUGGUCUCCCGGACAUUCCGGAGCUAUCUCCAGGUCAGUCCAUUGAGCGGUUCCGCGGAAAAGUGUUGGAAUCCAUGGAAUACUCUGCUCUGGACAACUUGGAGGCUGCAGAACUGAUCAAAAGAAAGCUAAUCACUGUCAUUGGAUCGGGGAAAUCUGCAGUGGAUAUUGCAGCUGAAUGUGCAGACACAAACGGGGCCGUGUAUCCUUGUACAAUGAUCCAGCUGACACCUCAUUGGGUGCUUCCCGGUGAUUCCCUGUGGGGUGCACAUAUGGGCUACUUGUACAGCAAUCGGUUUGCAGAACUAUUGGUACACCAGCCUGGUGAAUCUUCCUUGCACAGCCUUCUUGCCACCUUGUUCUUGCCCCUCGGAUGGGGUAUUACAAAAUUCACAGAGAGCUAUCUGCGGUGGAAACUUCCACUCGGGAAGUAUGGGAUGAUACCGGACCAUAGUUUCCUUCAAGAUGUAUCCUCCGGUUCUAUCUUUAGCCUACCUGAGGACUUCUAUGAUAAGGUGGAAAAGGGAAACAUCAUCUUGAAGAGAUCAAGAGGUUUCGGGUUCGCUGAAGAGGGAGUCAUCCUUGAAAGAGAAGACCGGCCAAUAAGAACCGAUCUUGCAAUUCUUGCCACAAGUUACAAAGCCGACCGGAAGCUCAUUAACAUAUUUGAAUCUCCAAUCCUCCAGAAAUACAUCGCCCACUCGCCUACUUCAGUAAUUCCUCUGUUCAGGCAGACAAUCCAUCCCCGAAUUCCAUGCCUUGCAGUAAUUGGGCACGCUGAGAGCAUGUCAAGCUUGCCCCUAUUUGAGAUACGGUGCCAGUGGCUCGCACAGUUCCUUGACGGAAAGUUUGAGUUGCCGAGUAUUAAGGAAAUGGAGAAGGAUGUGAAUGCUUGGGAAGGCCACAUGAAGCAAUAUCCUGGGAGGAAGUUUUGGAUGUCACGUGGUGGGGAAAUAACCACUGAGCAGAACCGGACUCCGAAUACUGAAAUAUUCUCGUGUCCAAUCUGCUACAAGCCACUCACAAGAAAAGGCCUGCCGGGUCUGAACUUGAGAGCUAUAUAUUGGUCAGCGUUUGAGUGUCAGAUAUGCAAUAAGACAUAUUCCAGCAAAGACAACUAUCUUGAUCUCACUAUCGUUGCGGGCUUGAAGAAGUACAGUGAAAUCAAACCACCCUGGACGGAACUGUUCAGGUUCCCACUUGUUUCAUUUUUAUAUGAAAGAGGUUGGAGACAGAACUUCAAACGAGGUGGCUUCCCGGGUCCAGAUGAAGAAUUUGAAAUGGCUCAAAGGUACUUUAGACCUGCAGAAGGUGGACUUCUAGUUGAUGUUAGCUGCGGGAGUGGUCUGUUCUCGAGGAGGUUUGCAAAAUCGGGGACUUACUCGGGAGUUAUCGCCCUUGAUUUCUCUGAGAACAUGCUCCGACAGUGCUACGAUUUCAUUAAAAGCGACAGCGCUGCAAUGGACGCGAACCUUGCUCUUGUCAGAGCAGAUGUGGCGAGGCUUCCCUUCGCUUCGGGCUCAGUCGAUGCUGUACAUGCCGGUGCAGCUCUGCACUGCUGGCCAUCGCCUUCCAAUGCCAUCGCAGAGAUUGCUCGUGUACUGCGAAGCGGGGGAGUUUUUGUUGGGACCACCUUUCUUCGGUACAAUAUUCCGAGGAUCCUAAGGCCCUUGAGACAUGUUCUUCCGACACACUACGUCUUCCUGACAGCAGAGGAGAUCGAGGAUUUGUGCGCGUCGUGCGGCCUCACCAAUUACACGUGUGAAAUUCGGCAAUUUUUCAUCAUGUUCUCCGCUCAAAAGCCCUGAGACAUUAACCAGCUUUUUGAACCAAUACUUUGUUCUUGUCUCUACUGAUUGGUAAUGGCACUCUGCUUAUGUACAUCAAUAAACAAACAAAACAUGAAGAUCACAGGACAAUGAGGGAUACGGGAAUAUCUAGCUUAGGUUUCUUCCACUAAAUAUUCGACAUGGAGAUGCUUCCAACCUGGUUAAAAAUGGGCAGCUCGUCCGGUUUUGGGUUAUUUUCCGGGUUUAACAGCCGGUUUGGUUUUCCAAGACAAUCGAGUUUCUGUCAGGGUCCAAAUUGUCGUAAUGACAUGUUUAUCGCUUUCAUAUAUUGUACAAUAUCCUAAGAAGUGUCCUUGUUCUACUAUGUGCACUCAUUGAAUAACUUUCAAAAGCAAAAUGUUUUCCAUUUUUUUCAUUCGAACAGUUCUGAGGAAAACCUAAAUCCUCUGAUUAUCACUGUCGUGGUUCCGCCUACGGUUAAAGCAGAUAAGAAAUUGACAGCCGACAAUCGGGGUUGGCAGAUUCGCCAUUAGGACUCAGAGACUAGAAGGUGGUGGAGGCUGGCCAUAAAAGAUUGCUUCGUUGGAUGCAUCUUAGCUCAGGGCAGCACGAGCAACGGAGGGCUUCGAGCCCUCAACGGGAAACACCGUUUAUGGGAACACCAUUGACGAUUGCAGAAUUCUCCCGCCAGCAACAGUGCCAUCCUCCUGAAAACCAUAAAGAUUCUGAACUUAAGGCAGUCAGUGUCAACCAAAGGUGGAGAUACCGACUUGAUUUCCUCGGAACAAAUGAGAAAACGCUCAUCUGAGCAAAGGCUUUACUUUACGGGAACAGUGGUGGUGGACAUGGUGAGAGCAGCGAUUCUGGGGAGGAGGAGAGCCAUCCUCUUGAGUUUUCAACAGAAGCUCGGCGCAGGACAGUUAAUAUAGUUUCUUUUCAGUUGCUUUGUCUUGUUUCUCUUUCUCUAAUUAUUCCCUUUAUUUAUCUUUUUCAGCUGGUCUUGUGGUCCUUGUGUUGUAAGUGCUCACAUUUCCAAUCCUAUGAAUGGUGUAGCUGUGCAUAUUGUCGACCUAACACACUGUUAGGCAUCAAUUCUU